AUGCCCUCGUUCCUCAUCUACGCGCCCGACUACCCCGAGUCGCUUGCCAAGCGCCUCUCUGUGCGUCCUGAGCACGUCGAGCUCAUCCACAAGGACAUUGCCUCCGGCCAGCAGGAGUUUGGCCGUCCCUUCUACCCUCCCGCCGACGCCAAGCCCCACGGCCUGCCCGAGGGCACGCCCAACAUUGGCGGCUCGUUCAUGGUGUGGAACCUGCCCUCGCGCGAGGCCGUGUGGGAGCGCAUCAAGCAGGACGCGUACUGGCGCCACGGCGUCUGGGACAAGGAGAGGACCUUUGUCGAGGAGUUCCUGCCCCCUCCCCCGGCCGGCCACAAGUAG